GCGAGCGAGCGAGCAACCUAAUCCACAGGAGCGAAGAGAAGAAACAAAGCUCGCAGCGGAUCGAGCCAGCAGAGCAGGCCACGGCGAUGGAGGCGGCCAAGGAGCGGCGGGAGCGCCUGGCCGCCGACGAGGGCGACGCGGUGCAGCUGCCGACGGAGACGAGCCCGUACGUGCGGUACGAGGGCCUGGAGGACUACAAGAUGCGCGGCUACGGCGCGCAGGGCCACCUCCCGGUCUCCGACGUGCCCCACGGCGGCUCCGGCACCGACGCGCCCACCGUCCCGGGCACCGCCGUCCCCGUGGCGAGGCCGGAGCGCCGCAUCGAAGUCCAGGCCCAGCGAGAACUGGGGGCGGGAAAGGACGACGCCGGCCGCCGCGGGGACGCGUCCACGGACGUCAUCAACCGCCAAGGCGUGCCGUAGCUUUUAGCUUUUGGCUGGAUGUCUCGAGUGCGCGCGUGGUUUGGCUGAUGCGCACCGCACACGAAUGAGCGUGUCAGUGUGUCUGUGCUUUUCAGUGUGUAAGAAUAAACAGGCUUGCGACUAAAAUAAUGGGCCAAACU